UGUGCUACCAGCUGCCGCGCGGGCCGGUUCACGUCGGUCGUUCCCCCGAGCCGCGUUUGUUCGCGUCUCCCGCUCGCGCUCGAGCGAGUGUGUGCACCCGUGUGCGUGUAUGUGUGUGUUCUGUGAGUGUGACAAGCGGUGCUUCUCCAGCGUCAUGGUGGAUAGUACUCGGACGUGGAUUACCCCCGGCUGUGUUGGCGACAUGUGACACAGGACCCCUCCCUCAGGAUGAGGCCCAGGGAAGUUGUUGCUGAGGACACCGGCGGCCCCACCGCCCCGCAAGAGCCGUGUUGACAACACAGUGACGUACAGUGCGCCCUGGAUUACCCGAGUGAAGUGCGAUCAGUGAAGUGGUUUUAUUUCUUGAAGACAGUCCGCUUUUAAGGACUGUUUAUUGUUUUAGUUCUUAAAAAUUUUAAGCGGCCACAAGUUUGGCCCCGUGUGUGACGAGGUGCUGGUGGAUGGCGCCGUGGCCGGUGCUGGACGCCGCCGGAUGAGCUCCGUGCGCGGCUCUCUCCGUCGCAGCCGGCGCCCCGGGUCCUCCCCGCUGGGGGCGGGCGGCGGGCCGGGGGCGGGCACUUCCCCCGCCUCGCAGGGGUACCAGCAGGGCUACCCGCAGGGCAGGCCGUCGCUCAGCUCGCUCGGGUCGUUCAGCUCGCUGGGCUCGGACCACCCGGACAGCGUGCACGGCGUCCUGGACUCGCUGAUGGGCGAGGGCGCCAAGAUGCAGCCCAAGUACGCCCUCGAGGACUACAUCUACGAGGUGCAGGCGCGCGGCGACAUGGCCGACCACCACCACCUGCAGCACCUGCGCCCGGGCCAGGGCGACGUGCCCGCCGACGCGCAGGGCGAGGACGUGUACGCCGAGCUGCAGCGCAAGGAGAAGGACCUGAUCCUGGCCGCCGAGCUGGGCAAGGCCCUCCUGGAGAAGAACGAAGAGCUGAGCCGGCAGAACGAGCGCAUCGCGGAGGAGUUCUCGCAGAAACUAGAGGUGCUGGAGCAGGACCGGCACGCGCUGCGCCGCAAGCUCGCCGCCACGGCCUCCGAGGCCGACUCCCGCCUCCUGGAACUCCAGGCGGACGUGCGCGAGCUCCAGCGGGCCGUGGAGGACCGGGAGGCCGCGCUGCGGUCCACCGAGAGGGAGAAGGCGGCCCUCGUCGCCGAGCUGACCGAGCAGAACGCCCGGCUCUCCGCCCAGCUCAAAGAGUCCAACAAGACUGAAGAACAGCUGACGGCUCAACUACAAGGACUCCGGGACCAGUGUAACCUCCGCAAGUCUUCCCUCCAGGACCAUGUCUCUAGUCUGGAGAUGCUCAGGGACGAGAUCAACAUGCUCUCCGACAAGAAGGCGGAGCUGGAGAGGCGGAUGGCCAGCCUGGUGGCCGAGCGGGACCAGCUCAACGCGCUGCUGGAGGACGCCAACGAGAGGAUCAUGCUCCUGGAGAGGACGACCCGCGAGCAGGAGAUGCAGCUGCGCCAGAACAGGCGGGAGCUGGACGAGAUCCGCAUGGUGAACAGCUCGCUGACCAGCCCGUCGUCCUCGCCGCUGUCCCUCCCCCACGGCCUGGCGCACGGCCACCGGUCGCUGCUCGACGAGAUGGAGUGCGAGGACUCGAGCGAGUCCGGCUUCGUGUCCACGUCGGAGCUGCAGAGCCUCAAGGAGGAGGCGGUGGCGUCCUACCGGCAGCUGAGGGACCUGGCCAAGAGGAUCAGGAAGGACGACUCCUCGCUGCAGGGCGACUCGCAGUCAGAGUCCGACUCGCUGCCGUCCCUGGACGAGAACAACUGCAGCAAGUUCAAGACUGGGCAGCUGGGCGAGGCGGUGCGCGAUGUCGCGCGGCUCGUCAGCGACCUGGUGGAGCGGGAGGGCCUCGAGGGGGAGGCCGCCGAGGUGGAGCUGCACCGCGCCCGGGAGGACCUCGACAAGACCAAGCGCCAGCUGGAGGAGAGGACCGAGGAACUCAAGCGGCGCUCCGACCAGGUCAUGGAGCUCACCAGCAAGUUGUCCAUUCGCGAGGCUGAACUGGCGGGAGCUCAAGAAGAGAGAGACAGAGCCAGAUCUGAUAUGGAUGAAACGCACCUUGCCAAAGACGAGGUAGGAUUGAUUGUUCGAAAGGCUUGGGAAGUUAGAGAUGGUGCUGUUGCUCGCAAAAACAAAGUUGAAGUUCAGCUUGCCAAAACACGUAUUGAUGUACUACAAGCCAACUCUCAGCUGAUGGAGGCCAUCCAACAAAAAGUGGAACUAAGUCAACAACUUGAACAGUGGCAGAUGGAUAUGCAAGCUUUAUUAGAUGAACAAAUGCGUCGCAAGCUAACAACACAAGAACAGAGGUCACGUCAGGUGGCUCCGGAGUCAUCUCCUGAAGCAACAGCUGCUGCAAAUGACAAGAAACGAACAACAUCAAGUUUGCGACUCUUUGGUCUGUUCCAGCGAUAGUUCUCUUGUAAGAUAUGUAAAUUUUAUUGUUUUUAUUAAUGUGUGCAAUGCACCGCCAUGUUGACUAGAUAAUAAUUUUGUUAAGACUUAGCAGGCAGACUUGCCUUGCUUGAUCUAUCUGUCAUUUCAGCUUUAGUUGUCUUUCAUAGGGUCUGACAAUCAAAAACCAAAUCUUGUUAUUGUGCUGAGUUUUGUAUCAAUUGAAUGGAGAUAUGAAUCCUAUUCAAUUAAAGCUUUGAAGAAGCAAUUUUUCCUAUUGUGUUGUAACUUUGACAGAACAUGUGAUACUUUUGACUGAGGAUUACUUCUCAUACUUAAUUGGUUGUGUUUCAAUGAGUACCAAUGUACUUAACUAAUAAGUUAACACUUCUUAGAUUUACUAUUUACACUAGUCUUCUUAUUGUGAACAGAUUAAGUUUGCGAGCCAAUGAGUAUGUUGUGCUGUUUUUAUACAUAUUAACUAGCCUUUUGCUGUUUAGAAGUGCUCUUUAUGAAUUUUGUACUGUUUUUAAUUUUAUUAAAUUUCAUGAAAUUUCCCACUGUUUUAGAAAAUUUCCUAAUUUUGAUGCGGACAUCUCCCAGUAGUCACUUAUAUUUUUAUUUUAAAUUUUGAUGGGAUAUACUUAGUACUUACAACUGCUUAAUAAAAUCAUAAAGAUCUGACAACCUUCACUUUCGUAAUAACCCUUUCAGUAUUCUCAAUGAAACUGUUGCGAUCUGAAAUAUAUUGUCAUUUCAACAGUGAUGUUUUUAAAUAGAUCUAGAAGUAAACCCAUCUGGCUCUGGCUUUAGAAAGUAAAUGAAAUUACUGAUACUAAAAUAUAAGGAAUUUUACAAGCUAGGUGGGAUAUCCCUAAACUGGAGAGAAUUAUGCCCCGCAAAUCUGCACCUAUUUUCUUUUUUUAAUAGUGCUCUUCUACUAUAACUUAUUUAGUAUCUGUAUUUAAGUUUAUGAAGCGCAUAAUCACUUUCUCUGUGGGACCUGCCAUUUAUCGGCACUAAUUCAAAUUAAACUAUGAUCUGCUUUUUAUGAAAAAUAGUUCUGAUAAGAGGUAUGCAUGUCAGUCUCUUCGACCAUUUAUUUUUCUUUCAAUGUAUGAGUUCUAUUCUCAGUAUUUCACCACAUGUGCCUUAUUGUUGUACAGUGUUUAUUUUAAUUUGCCUUUAAAGGGACCUCUAAUCCUAUUCGAGACCCAUAGGUCCUGGGUCCCUGCAUCAAGGCCUUGGAUUUGAAGCAUUAUUUUCUGAAUACGUUCUUCCAGUGUUUUAUUUUUUUCAUGCAUUGGUGGAAUUUCCUUUGAGGUAAGACCUUCAAAUCUGAAGCCCUUGAUGCAUUCGCACUUGGUAAACCAUAAGCAUUCUACUGCUUGUGAUUUUGUUUUAAUGUUCUGCUUUGAAAAAUGGCAGCCAACCUUGUUUUCUCAUAGCAUAAUUUUGAUAAGUUAUCACUGUUGUGUUGUGUUCAGCUCUUGUUAGCUGUAGUGCUAGACUCGUCUGUGAUAAACUGACAAGUGUGUUUGUCAAAUGUACAGAAACCAAAAGUAACUUAUGUUAUGUGCUGUGGGCAGGACUUGAUGCCACAGACUGACAGCCUUAAUACAGAGCUACGCUCAAGCUGAUGGUCACUCAGACCUUUUCGUUCAGAACAAUGAAAUAUGUAUCUAAUUACUUUGCUCAAACUCUUCUCUAUAGAAAACUAAAUAAUAUGUAACCGGUGAAUUUUUCAGAGACAAAUUUGGCCUUGCUGCAGCUCUGCUGUUUCAAAAAUACUACUGGGAACAGCUUUUUUUGUACGACAAUGAAAUUGUUCAUGUCAUAUUAACACUAGUCGAUGUUAGCUGUUUGUAGUGCUGGUCUUUUCCUUUUUAAAAAAAGUCAGUGUCUGACUUUUCAUCACAGUGUACAUAUAAGCACUACAGGGUAGAUGUAAAAAAUAAAAUACAAAUAAUUCAUGAUUGACCUACCAUGAAACCCAUGAAAACACUUUGUGAUUGUUGCUCAGAGCUGAUCUCUCUUUCCUGGACCAUUAGCUGAGCUCCAGCCUGUUAAGAUAUCUAUGAAGGUGAAGAUAAUAAAGUAAUUUUAUCUAAUA